AUGACCCCAAUUGCCAAUUCUCGGACACGGCCACUCUUUGCAAGACAAUUCUGGAACUUCAUCUCUCAAGAACAAGUACAUCUUCAGUUAGCUCUCAGGUACUACUCAUCCUCCAAUGGAGAAGAACUGGAAGCUGAUAAUGUUAAGAAGCCAAGAAAAUCCUCAAACAAAUCCAAGACAGCAAAAUCAAUGGCAAGACUCAUUAACUCAAAACCCUGGUCAACUGAACUCGAAUCUUCUCUUUCUUAUCUUUUCCAUUCAGUUUCUAAAACCACUUUCUUUCAAGUUCUUCGCUUUAUUGCUUCCCCUUCAAAAGCUUUUGAAUUUUUCAACUGGGCUUCAAGAAAUGGGUUCACUCAUGAUAGCCGAUCGUAUUUUAUGAUGCUAGAAAUCUUGGGUCGUAAUGGAAAUCUCAAUACUGCUCGUAAUUUCUUGUUUUCUAUUGCGAGAAGGUCUAAUGGGAGUGUUAAGAUUGAAGAUAAAUUCUUUAAUAGUUUGUUAAGGAAUUAUGGUAAUGCUGGGUUGUUCAAUGAAGCUAUAAAGCUUUUUAGUUUGAUGAAGUCAACCGGUGUGUCACCAUCUGUUGUUACAUUUAAUAGUCUUUUGUUAAUUUUGCUUAAAAGAGGAAGGACCAAUAUGGCACAUAGUGUGUUUGAUGAAAUGCGUGGGACUUACGGGGUUACACCAGACACGUAUACUUUUAAUAUUUUGAUUAGAGGGUUUUGUAAGAAUUCGAUGGUUGAUGAAGGGUUUAGGUUUUUUAAGGAAAUGUCGAGGUUUAAUUGUGAUCCUGAUGUGGUUACUUACAAUUCGCUUGUUGAUGGGUUGUGUAGGGCUGGGAAGGUUAGGAUUGCGCAUAAUUUGGUUAAAGGGAUGGUUAAGAAAAUAAAGGAUUUGAGUCCUGAUGUUGUUACUUAUACUACUCUGGUUAGAGGUUAUUGUAUGAAGCGAGAGAUUGAUGAGGCUCUGGUUGUUUUUGAAGAGAUGGUUAGUAGAGGGUUAAAACCGAAUGAUAUUACCUAUAACACACUUAUAAAGGGUCUUUGCGAAGUGCAGAAGUUUGAUAAGAUCAAAGAGAUUUUGGGGGAAGCUGUAGGGGUUAGAGGGUUUGUUCCAGAUACUUGUACAUAUAACACAUUGAUGAAUGCACAGUGUGAUGCAGGGAAUUUGGAUGAGGCUUUGAAUAUGUUUAAGAUGAUGAAGGAGUUAAAAAUCCAACCAGAUUCAGCUACAUAUAGUGUUCUGAUCAGGAGUUUGUGUCAUAGGGGGGAUUUUGAGAGAGCAGAGCAAUUGUUCGAUGAACUAUUUGACGAGGAGAUUUUGUUACGUGAUGAUGGGUGUACUCCUCUUGUUGCAGCUUACAACCCAAUGUUUGAGUUUUUAUGUAAAAAUGGAAAGACUCGCAAGGCUGAAAGAGUGUUCAGGCAGCUAAUAAAAAAGGGAACACAAGAUCCUCCUUCUUACAAAACCUUGAUCAUUGGGCAAUGCAAGGAAGGUACUUUUGAGGCUGGGUAUGAGCUCCUGCUCUUUAUGUUGAGAAGAGAUUAUGUGCCUGAUUUUGAGACGUACGAGCUUUUGAUUAACGGUUUCUUGCAAAAAGAUGAACCUAUUCUGGCCUACAAGACUCUGGAGAGGAUGCUAAAAAGUUCCUAUCUUCCUAGAACUUCUGUUUUCCAUUCUAUACUUUCAGGACUUGUGAAAAAUGAUUUUGCCCGUGAAUCAGCUAGCUUUGUUGUAUUGAUGAUAGACAGAAAAAUUAGACAAAAUAUGAGUCUCUCAACACAUACCAUAAGAUUACUCUUUGACAGUGGACUGCGAAUUAAAGCAUUCCAGAUUGUUGAAUUACUUUAUGAUAAUGGAUAUGUGGUUGACAUGGAAGAAUUGAUUGGUUUCAUUUACCAGAAUGGUAAGUUACUAGAUGCACACAAGAUGUUGUCAUUUUGUUUGGAGAAGGGUCACAAUGUGGAUAUUGAUGCAUGUAACGCAGUUAUUGAAGGUCUAUGUAAAAUGAAAAGAUCUUUAGAAGCAUUUGGGUUGUACUACAAGUUAGUGGAGAAAGGCAGUCAUCAGCAGUUGAACUGCCUAGAAGGUCUGAGAACUGCCUUAGAGGCUGGGGGAAGAUCAGAGGAAGCGAAAUUUGUAUCUAAGAGGAUGCCAAAUGAGAGGCAGCUGACAGAUAUCUGA